GUUUGAUUUUGAUGUGCUUAUUUCGACUUUUUAAUAUUGUUUUUACAUUUUGUUUUUUAAAUUAGCUGUCAAUCAAACCGUAUUUAAAGUACAGUGUAACUCAAAACAAUUUUUCACAAUUCUUUUAUCAGCGCCUACUAACGGGCUAAAUAAAGCCAAACGCCAAAAUGCACCGUCAAAGAUUUUGCAGAAAUGAGAACACAGUUCUUUUUAUAUAAAUGCUGCCUUAUUAGUGAAAUGCUUGAGCGGGGCUGUGGCCGUCGCUGAAUUGCUGCUCAGCACAUAAGAUGUCUCUGGCUGUUGACCUAAGCAGCAGCAACAGCAAACCCUCCGGAGGCGACAGCGACAGUGGCACUGCUUAUCAACCAUUGGAGAGCAACGAAAGGUCGCAUCAUCAACGGCACAGCAUGGGUGUCUCGUGGUUGCGUCAGUAUCGCCUGUAUAAGGUGACAAUACUCAUAUUGUUGUUGCUGGUACUGUUGCCUUUGUUGGCGCAUCGCAAGCUCUUGAAUGCAGAGCAGGAUACGCCACCUACGGAUGUGCAUCGAAGUAGACCAUUGCUAGACGCUUACGAGGAUUUCAGUGCCAUGCGGGCAACCGAUUUAAAGAUGCGCAUUGAAGAGAUGCUUAGAAUCAAAAGCACCGUUUCCGUAGAGCUGCGAGAACUUGAGUCACGUCGCCAAAAACUUCAGUCGGAUAUUAGUCAGUACAAUCAGAAGAUCGAGGAGCAUAAGCAAGAAUUACAACGCGAACAAACUGAGCUAGAUCGCCUUCAAAUCUCUGUGGCGCAAGCACAGGUGGCCCAACGUGAGGCUGUGCAGCGUAAUACACCGGACUUGGCAUUGCCGCGCACUCUUUUCCCCAACUCGCUGCCACGUAAAAUGAACCCUGUAGCCAGCGGAGUGAGCCAAUCUUGCGAGAUGCACAAUUGCUUCGAUCAUUCACGUUGCAGUCUCACUUCCGGUUUUCCCGUCUACCUCUACGAUCCGGAUGUGUAUAACGUGCAGCGGGCCGGUUACGAUAUCGAUGGUUUUUUGAAAACGACGCUUAAGCAAACAUUGGGUUACAAUGCGCACAUUGUGCACGAUCCGAAGCAUGCUUGCAUUUAUCUGGUGUUGGUGGGCGAGGCGCUUUUGGAGCAAGAUUUGUUGCGCAACAACCGCUACGCUGCGCAGGAGGCGGAACAUCAACAGCUGCGCACCACGGCUCCGAGUCAAGUCGGUAAUGAAGGCGCCUCACCCAUUGACAUGCAACGCCUGUAUAAGCUGCCUUAUUGGGGUGGCGAUGGACGCAAUCACGUAUUGUUAAAUUUGGCGCGACGUGACCUGAACUCACGUCGGACCAAUGCACUGCUCCAACAGAACACCAUGCGCGCCAUUGUCGUGCAGAGUGCCUUCGAACGUGAACAAUUUCGGCCCAACUACGACCUUAUUGUGCCGCCCAUAUUGGGACCACCUGGCGGUGAUGUAUGGCAGGAAUGUGCCAGCAUGGUGCCAGCACGCCGCAAAUAUCUGCUCACGUUUCAAGGUGAGCUGCGUCCACUAUUGGAGGAGCCUCAGAUGGGUACCCAUCCCCUGGACGACUUCAUAUUGGAACACUUGAAAGAUAUGUCCAAAGGUGCCACUCAGGAUCAAUUUGUGUUGCAAUUCCAAUGUGUGCCAGCCACAGAGCAGCACGACUCAGAUGCUGUGACCGAUUGGACGCUUUGCGGAUCGGAUUCUUCGCGCAAGCAACUGCUAAAGGACUCUACGUUUGCAUUAAUUCUGCCACCGCUGUCGCAGCGCGUUAGCUCAACAUUGAUGCUGGCCCGACUAUACGAAGCAUUGCGCUCCGGUGCUGUUCCCGUCAUUUUAGGUGCCGAUGAAUUGCGCCUUCCUUACUCUGAGACCAUCGAUUGGCGACGUGUGGCACUCUUAUUGCCCAAGGCCCGCAUUACGGAAUUGCAUUUCCUGCUGCGUGCAGUCCAGGAUGCCGAUUUAUUAUUACUGCGAAGACAAGGGCGCUUGAUCUGGGAGCGCUAUCUUAGCUCGGUGCAGGCCACAGUAGACACUGUAAUUGCUAGCCUGCGUGAUAGAUUGGGCAUACCGCCACGACCAGUGCCGCCCAUUAUAGCCCAGAGCGUUUUCAAUAGCACAUUCAUACCGCUCAAGUCAGAUCCGCCCGUGGGCAUGGACACAGAACCGGAAGAGUCACUUGGUCCCAUUGAGCCACCGUAUGCAAGUCCCGCCUUUCGGCGCAACUACACAAUUUUACGCAUCCAGUCAAAGGAGGCCUGGAAUGAUUGGGUUGACCCCUUCUAUAUGUAUCCACAACUACCAUUCGAUCCGGCUCUGCCGUCGGAAGCCAAGUUCAUGGGUUCCCAUACAGGUUUUCGACCGAUUGGCAAGGGAAUUGGUGGCGCUGGCAAAGAAUUUAGCGAAGCUCUGGGUGGAAAUUAUCCACGAGAACAGUUUACAAUUGUUAUUCUCACUUACGAGCGAGAACAGGUGCUGAUGGACUCGCUGGGCCGGCUCUAUGGUUUACCCUAUCUUCAUAAGGUCGUUGUUGUCUGGAACUCGCCCAAGCCACCUCUAGAUGAUCUGCGCUGGCCGGACAUUGGCGUGCCCGUUGCUGUCGUUCGAGCUCCACGCAAUUCACUCAAUAAUCGCUUUCUACCCUUCGAUGUGAUUGAAACCGAAGCAGUUCUCUCGGUCGAUGACGAUGCCCAUUUGCGACACGACGAAAUCCUAUUUGGUUUUCGUGUCUGGCGCGAGCAUCGCGACCGCGUGGUCGGCUUCCCAGGCCGGUAUCAUGCCUGGGAUCUGAGUAGCAAUAACAUGUGGCACUACAACUCCAACUACAGCUGCGAACUGAGCAUGGUCCUUACCGGUGCUGCCUUCCUACACAAGUACUACAUGUACCUGUACACAUAUCACCUGCCGCAGGCCAUACGCGAUAAGGUGGAUGAGUACAUGAAUUGCGAGGAUAUUGCAAUGAAUUUCCUUGUUUCGCACAUUACUAGAAGACCGCCCGUAAAGGUCACAUCCCGUUGGACAUUCCGUUGUCCCGGGUGUCCCGUAUCACUCAGCGAAGACGAUACGCACUUCCAGGAACGUCACAAAUGCAUCAAUUUCUUCAGUCAGGUCUUUGGCUAUACGCCGCUGCUCAAUACACAAUAUCGCGCCGACUCGAUCCUCUUCAAGACGCGCAUACCACAUGACAAGCAAAAGUGCUUCAAAUAUAUCUAGGAGCUUUGUGCUCUCAUAUCUCUAUGAACACUUACACUUUGUCCUGCUGCCGAUUAGUUCUUAAGCACAAAGUGAGCAUAAGAUAGAUGUUAAG